AUGGGUCUCCUUCGUGAAAUCGCGCUGGCGGUAUUGAGUAUCUCUCUCCUAACAUUCCUUGCUCUUUUUGGUAGAAUACCAGCUUUUCGAAAGACCCCCAUAGGCUAUAUCUAUCGCUUCGUCUGGAUUCGUAUACCUGGGUUCUUUCUCACUCUCGACUCGAUCAUCUGUGGAGGGCGCUUGAAGCUAUACACUGCUCAUACUGGACAGUAUUUACUCCACGCGAAUCACCCUCUUAUCCUUCUAUUUUUCCUUACGCUGCUUAUCUGCUCUGAGCUUUCGUUUAUCCCAGUCGCGUGGUCAAAACUCGAGCCAAUACACCAAUUAUUUGUGCCAAUAGUCGUUAUUCAGCCUUAUAUGUUUCUCUACCUAAGUGUCUACACGAAAUCUACCAUAACGCCAAAAAGCCACGCCGGACAUAUGCAGUUAUAUCCUUAUGACCGCAUCAUUUUUCACCCAGGGAACUUCUGCCGCACAUGCAAAUUUUUGAAACCGGCUCGAAGUAAGCAUUGCAGUCUCUGCAAUGUCUGUGUUGCCCGUCAUGAUCACCAUUGUAUCUGGCUGCGCAAUUGUGUUGGCAAAAACAACCACGCCUACUUCCUUUCUUUACUAGUUUCCACCUCGCUGCUAUUGGGUUAUGGUGCAUUCCUAGGGUAUAGAAUUUUGGAUGGUAGUCUGAAGGAAGCACUGGCUUUGAGUGUACCUGCAUCAUCAUCUUCGCACCACUGGAGUAACGGCCUCUCUUGGUCAAUAUGCCUCGAAAUUUGGAUGUUAGCUAUUGCGAAUGACAUUCGCAUUGGAGCCGUGUUCCUCCUAGCCACACUAACCGCCCCUUUGUCUGCAGCCAUGUUUUGCUAUCAUCUUUAUUUGAUUUGGGCGGGAAUGACUACAAAUGAAAGUGCGAAAUGGUCUGAUUGGCGCGACGAUGUUGCUGCUGGCACCGUGUUUCAAGCCAAAUCCAGCCAAAUAUAUGGAAGACAUGAGGGAGAUGCCAUCACUGAAUCAGAGAUUCAUUGGCCAAAGCUAAGUGAUCAGACGCUUGUCUUUACUACAGAUGGCCGGGCCCCAAAAGAAGGCUAUACUCCCACUAAAGAUCGUUUUUCCAUAUUACAGCCGCAAGACACCAAUGCUGAAGAGGACCCUAGAUGGACCAGAGUUACCAACAUGAAGGAAGUUGUAAACCUCUAUGAUUGUGGGUUCUUGAACAAUCUGGUUGAUUCUCUAGAUCUCCGAGGCAACACUAGUCGUAUCUAG